AAAGGCUAUUACUGACCUUCACAAUAAUAAAAUGUGUAACCAGAUGGACAUUGAAAAAUACUAAGUAUUUAAAUUAAUUAUUUAAAGAGUAGGGACAAAUUCUGACCAGCUAAAAUUGUCAUCAUUAACAAAAACAAUUCAUAAUGUCAUCCAAUCAUAUGGUUUAGAUCUACGGCUCCCAUUGCAAGCGAUGAAAAACAAGCAAGGUGUCUUGUAAAAAAUGACAGAUAUCAGCUAAUUCUGUCACAGCUGUUACAAGAUAUAUGGGCAAGAUAGCUAGUGGUAAUCUUUAAUAAGAGUAAAGGUACAUUGAAGGACUUGUUAUUCUCUCCUCUGUUUCAACUUGGCAGUUUCCACAGCCAAGUUGAAAUAGAGUCAGUAUGGCUUCUCAACACAGAUGCAACCACUAUGAUGUCUGUACUGAGGCUCUGUUCUGUACAGCUACAACUGAAGCUAAAAGCCCCAGGGACAUUGUACCAUGAAAAAUUGUGCUGGACUUGAACGUGUCACACAGUGAAACAUUGUCUUUUUGGAAGCAAAGAAGAAUUUUAAAGAACUGAUGAAAGACAAAUUUACUUUCACAUCUGAAGGUAAUGGUGACCAUCAUAGCUCCCUCCAAAGUAUCUACACAACACUGAUCAUCACCCCUGGAGGGAAUGAUGGACCAAAUGAAGAACAUGAGUACAGACAGCUCAAAAACACUCAGAGAGAUCAGCCAUUGUCUGACAGUUCAGUCAGUCUCAGUGAGAUCUUCAAAUUGGGACCUGACCAAGAGAAACCCAACAGAACAGUCCUGACGAAGGGAAUUGCAGGCAUUGGAAAAUCAUUUGCAGUUCAGAAGUUCAUCCUUGACUGGGCCGAGGAGAAAGCAAACCAAGAGGUUGAUUUUGUUUUCAGUCUUGCUUUCCGAGAAUUGAAUUUGAGUAAAGGAGAGAAAAGUCUCCAUGCGCUGCUGACUGAGUUUCACCGAGCUCUCCAGCAUCUAAAAGAUUACCAGAGUUAUGCCAAAUCUAAGAUUAUAGUGAUCCUCGAUGGUCUGGAUGAAAGCAGACAUCAGCUGGACUUUGAAAACUCAACCAGGGUAACUUCUCUUAACGCUGUAACAUCUAUAGGGGGUCUUGUUGUGAACCUGAUCCAGGGUAACCUCCUUCCUGAUGCCAACAUCUGGAUAACUUCCCGUCCAGCAGCAGCCAGUCAGAUCCCUGAAGAAUAUGUCGAUAUGGUGACAGAGAUAAGAGGGUUCACCGAUGCUCAGAAAGUCGAAUAUUUCCAAAGGAGAUUUAGAGAUGAUUCUGGUCUCACUGACAGAAUAACAACUCACAUUCAGUCCUCACAAAACCUUGACAUUAUGUGCCAGAUCCCAGUCUUCUGUUGGAUUUCUGCCGUCUUAUUUCAGGAAGUUUUUGACAAAAAGGAAGAGACAGAAAUCCCCCAAACUCUGACAGAGUUAAUGGCAUAUUUCCUCUUUGCUCAGAUAAAACGAAGAAGCAGAAAGUAUGACAGGAACCCUGAGAAAAACAGAGAGAAGCUCCUGAAGACUCACAGAGAAUUUCUUCUGAAACUCGGGAAGCUAGCAUUUGUCCAGCUUCAAGAAAACAAACUCAUCUUCUACGAGGAAGAUCUGGAAGGCUAUGGCAUUGACAUAGCAGAAGCAUCCAUCUACUCUGGUUUAUGUAACACAGUUCUACGGGAAGAGGAUGUCUUCUCCCAGAAAAAGAUCUUCUUCUUUGUGCAUCUUACUCUUCAAGAGUUCUUCGCAGCUCUGCAUGUCUACGAAUGUUUAAAAACCAAGAAAACCAACAAGCUUAGGGACUUCCUGUCUUUGGAGGACAAAGACCUUUCUUUACUUGAUCUUUUAAAGAUGACAGUUGACAAAGUGCUGGAGAAGAAGAACGGCCACUUAGACUUUUUCUUGCGAUUCCUACUUGGCCUGAUGGUUGAACCAAACCAGAGAUUCCUUCAGGGUCUGUUGACUCCACUUGACCCAUGUGAAGAUACGGACAGGAAAAUCCUAACUUAUCUACGAUCUAUUCGAAGAAAAACCCUGUCUCCAGACAGCUGCAUCAACAUCUUCCAGACCAUGAUUGAAAUGGGAGAUCACAAAGUCAAAGAUGAAAUUCAGGACUAUCUCAAACUGUCUGACCGCUCAAAAAUGGAACUGGCUCCUUUGCAAUGCUCGGCUUUGGCCCACAUGCUGCAGAUCUCCAAGAAUGAUCUGGAUAUACUGGAUCUGAAGAGCUACAACACAUCAGAUGAUGGCAGAAGGAGGCUGAUACCAGCUGUGAGGAGCAGCAAAAAAGCUGUGCUGGCCAAUUGCAAUGUUACGGUGCAUUGGAUGGAGCAUCUGGCCUUAGCCCUUAAGUUUUCCCACUCAGCUUUGAGGGAUCUCGACUUGAGCAACAAUGACCUAAAGGAUUCAGGGGUGGAGCUCCUUUGUGACGGACUCUCCAGUAACUCUUGCAAACUGGAGACACUAAGGUUGUCUGGUUGUCUGGUCACGGAGAAAGGCUGUGAUUAUCUGGUCUCGGCUCUGCAGUCCAACCCUUCCCACCUGAUGGAGCUGGACCUGAGCUACAACCAUCCAGGAGACUCUGGAAGCAAGCGGCUCUAUCAUCUCAGGGAUGAUCCACGAUACAGGCUCAGCAUUCUCAACCUAAACUAUGGUGGGAGUCCCAGACUGAAGGCUGGCAUCAGGAAAUAUGCCUGUGAAUUCACUUUCAGCCCUGAUGCAGCACACCACCACCUGGUUUUGUCUGAAGGAAACAGGAAGGUGACAUGGGUGGAGGGGGAUCCUCCUCCUAAUCCCACAGAAAGCUCUGAUCAACACCAGCAGGUGCUUUGUGAUCAGGGCCUGACAGGCCGCCACUACUGGGAGGUGGAGGUCUCCGGAUCCUUAAGCAUUGGGGUCACACAUAAGGGAACCAUCGUCAAAGAGAAGACGGACGGUUUCAGGAUGGGGCACAAUGAAGAUUCUUGGUGUUUGGUUUGUUCUGAUGAUGGUUUCUACGUUUUGCACCACAACAAUAGAGCAGACGUGCCUUCCCUUAGAACCAGUCGGUUGGGGGUGUAUCUUGACUGGCCUGCUGGUACCCUGUCUUUCUACAGAGUUUCCUCUGACAGUCUGAUCCACCUUCAUACGUUCACAAUGGCUUUUAAAGAACCUCUCUAUCCUGCAGUUGAACUUAACAUCCAGUCAUCAGCUGUAUUCUGUCAACCAAAGUAACUAAACUGGCUACUUCUGCAGUGCAAGUUUAUUUAUUUAGCACAUUUCAGUAACAAGACGAGUCAAAGAGCAGUACAUGAACAGAAAAAACAUUACAGAGGGAAAUAUCACAUAGGAGCAGUGGCGUCUUUGGCAUGAUAAGUUAAGUUAGGCACAAAAACUCAACACUUAUACCAGCAACUAAUUUUUUUGUGAUGCACAC